CCCAGCAGAUUCCGCUGUGAAUCCCCGCAUUUUUUUAAAAAUGUGCCGCGUCAAACGAAAAUGGUAUAGUCACAAGGACAGGAAACCACGGUGGCAGCGGUGUUUCACAUGAGCAGCGGUCACUGUUUAGCAGCGCAUGUUUGUGUUUAAGUUUACCGCAGCUAGCUGUCUAGCUAACUUCAGCUCAUAUUCCAGCUAACUAAAAGUGAAACAGGAACAGUUGGUACGAGAGUGAGAGCGUGAGGAGUGUGUCGACUGUUAAAUCUCAACGGAGGUAUCAACCCAUCAACCACAAACAUGGUAACUUUUUGGCUUUAGCAGCAGCUUGACCAUGGACUCCUGAAAUCUUCAGGUUUCAACGACUCAUCUGGUCACUUGCGGUGGUUUUAGACCAGAGGUCACCAUUCAGCCUACAACCCGUCCGACUUCCCUAGCAAGAGGGAGCAAGCAGAUGGGGAACAGCUGCUGUCACACUGAGAGUCCCUGUGGCAGCACGGAGGAAAGAAGUGUUUUACUGAAAAAUGAUUCAAAGGCCACGGUGCCCACGGUUGAAACAGUUGUUGAGGGCUCAUGUGGUCCUGAUGGAGGUGAUGACAUGAGGAAACCACAUGAUGAGGCCGAUAUAAACGUGGAGGAAAAGGCUGAGGCUGUGCAGGUGAAGCAGCGUGCUGAGAAUGGAGAGACGGAGCCCAAAAACACUCAGGAGAAUGGACCGUUGAAGAAGGAAAGCAUUCAAUCAGCAAUGCCUUGUCUCUCCAAAGGGUUUACACUCAAAGAAAAUUCCCCUAGUGCACAAGAUGAAGAUAAGGAGGAAUCUGUAGGCGAUAAUGAACAAGCUGAACUUCUGAAUUUCCCUUUAAAUUCCCAGCAGAAAGCCCACACUGCAGCUGAUUGGGAAGUUUUUACAGAAAGGAAAGAGGUGCCAGAAGAAGAAAAUCCAGCCUCUUUGCGGGACAAAGUCCCAGGUGGCAUUUUACUCACAGCUGAGUCAGUCCUCCAUGAAAAGCCUCUGCUUACUGACACAAUCUCAGCAACAGAGCAUAUUGCAUUGAGCACUUCUCAUGAUGAUAGGGAAGAAACAGGCUCCAAGGUUUCUUUUGACAAUGCAGUAACCGAACCAUCAGAGUUUUCUCAAAAUAGUCAAGUGUUGUCGCUGCCAAACACUAAGCUGGAAGCAGCAGCUUAUGAGGUGAUUUCCAUCUCUGUGGUCAGUCAGGAGACUGACAAAGAGGCUCCCAGCUGUUCUGUGACAGAGGAUUCAGACACUGGAAGUUCUUUAUUGUGCAAGCAGGCUGGUCCUGAAGACAUUAAGAGCCAUGAAUACUCUGAGUCUUCUCCUGCAUCAGAGCCCAAGGGACUCGACCACAGUGGUGAGGAGCAAGACUCCGCCAAGUCUGUCAGGGAGUCAGAGACCACAGCUCCGGCAGACGCCACCGAGAGCCCAAAGUCAGAUCAGAAUGCAAAACCACAUUCUGAGUGUUCAGCUACGAGCUUGAAGGAGGCCAAGGAGAACAUCAAACAAGAUAUUGGGGAGGAAAUGAUGGUGAAAGUGCAGAAUAAAGAUGUGGAUGUCCCCAAAGUGGAGGAGGAGGAUGUGAUGGAGGAGGAGGCGAAAAGCGCUUCCUCUGAGACUGAGACUUCGGCUGGGAAGGAUGCUGAGAUGCAGGAGUUAACUGGAAAAGAGGAGCAGCUAACAUGGAGCACAGCCGCUGAUGUCACAGUUGAACUGGAACCUGUCACAGUGAAGGAAAACUCUGCUGACACACACCUGGGAAACAGUGAAGAAGACCUGUAUAGAGGGGCUGAAGAGAUGUCAGUGUCACAACAUAGUAAACCAGGAGCACCGUCAGUGUUCAAAACAACAUUCUUAAAGGUGGAGGACAGAUGCAGUCUGGCCAAGGCAGUGGAUAUUCUAUUUUACAGCGAAAGAGAGUGGAAAGGAAAUACUGCCAAAAGUGCUCUCAUUAGAAAGGGUUAUGAAGAGAUGUCCCAGAAGUUUGGCAGCUUGAGGAGAGUGAGGGGAGACAACUACUGUGCACUCAGAGCCACACUGUUCCAGGUGCUCUCCCACUGCACCCAGCUACCUGCGUGGCUGCAGGACGAGGACACGGCUAUGCUGCUAAAGAAACUGGAAGCACAGGAAGGUCUGGUAAAACAGUGGAAAUUUCCUGGGGAGUGCCUGCAGAGAGAUGGAACAGGAGAUGUUACCCAGCAGCUAAAAAGUUACAUGGAGCUUCUCCGAAGUGAGUGGCAGGCAGCCGUGGACUGCUCCUCCGCUGUGGAGCGGCAACAGCUGUGUGAGCGAGUGUUUCAGGGUGGAGAGGAGGAGCUCGGGCUGCUGGAGGCUCUCAAGCUGCUGAUGCUGGGCAGAGCGGUGGAGCUGCACAGCUGCAUGCAGGGAGGCCAGGACGUCCCGCUCUUCUGCUGGCUGCUGUUUGCGCGGGACUCAUCUGCCUGCCCACGCGCCUUCCUCUCCAACCACCUGAGCCAUGUGGGCCUCAGUGCCGGGCUGGAGCAGGUGGAGAUGUUCCUGCUGGGCUACGCCUUGCAGUUCACCAUUCAAGUUUACAGACUGUACAAGACUGACACAGAGGAGUUUGUCACCUACUACCCAGACGACCAUAAGGACGACUGGCCGUCAGUGUGCCUCGUCACAGAGGAUGAUCGGCACUACAAUGUGCCAGUUGUAGAAGCUGCAGAACUACACCAGGAGCUCAACUCGAGCUGAUGCCAGUGCAGAAAAAACUCCUGCCAUAUAAACAUAACACUCCUCAGGUUGAUCAAGAUGAACAGAAUUCAUCACAACAUUUUAGGAAAGAUGCUUGUUAAUUCUUCUUGCUAAGAGUUAGAUGAGAACAUAGCACUCUCAUGCAAGUCUUUAAAGGGGCAGUAAGUGAUUCUAAAGCAAUACACGAUUUGUAAAAAUCUGAAAAUACUUCCUCAGGGCACGCUAGCUGUCGGUUCUGUGUGCCGAAAAAAUCAGUUUUUUCGGCUCAGCCCUGGCUCAGUAAAUCGAAGGAAAAAAUGGUGCAGACCACACCACACAACCCUGCGAGUGCAGUUUGUAAAGAUCAUGCGUCGACACGUUAAGAGAGCAGCUAGCAGGUGGUAAGUGAAUCGGUCUCCCAAACCAGAGGUUUCGGAGCUGAUAAAUCACAACAACAAAGAGAAACAAGCUCUUGUCCAAAAUGGUUUACUGCCCCUUUAAGCACAGAAUGGAAUUUCCUUUAGAAAGGCCUUAGGAGGCAUUACAAAGCAAUUACAUUUAAUUUACAAGUUAUAAACCAAAAGUACGAUUGUUGCAACAGUGGAUUGUGAGGGUAGGAUGGUGUUCAGUCAGCAUCAUUAGAACUGAAGCUAACACGGUCACUACUGCACUACAGCAACAGUUAACGAGAAGCCCAUUGUCCCUGGCAUGCAUUGGCAAAUGUUGAUUGGAAAGUCUCCCUUCUCCUUUACUGGGGAAUUGUCACUGUGAGGUCAAAUAAAUGAGAAAUAAUGUGUUAAUAAUUUUGCUUAGGUGUUAGGCAGAUUUUUUUACUUUUGGAUAGAGCCAGACUACCUAUUUCCCGUUUCCAGUCUUUAUACUACUCACCCAGCUGCUGACUGUUCCUUAAUACAUGCAGUAAUGAGAGUGGUAUCAAUCUUCUCAUCAACCUCUACAAGAAAGCAAAUUACAUAAGUUCCGAAAAAGUUGGAUUGAAAUAUAUGCAGAUUUGUUAGUUAAAGUUAAACACUUUAUUACACACUGUACUGUAUACAAAGUUUUCUAUGUGGGUAUGUGCAUACAGUAAAUGUGCAUCUAACAUUGUGGGGGUCAUCUCCAGAAGGUACAAAUUGUUUUGCAGGGUGUCAUUUUGAUUUGCUGAUGGACAAUAAGAUGUCCACUUUUCAAGUUUGACUCUUUGUCUUUAAAAUCCUAGUAACAACACAGUGGAGCAGCCAACAGUGCGAGAAAUCAUCCAAUUGUUUUCGGCAUUUACACUGGAAUUUGGGCACUUUGAUUUGUAUGUUUAUUUAUUAUUUUUCAUUAUUUUAAAAGAUAUAUGACCAUCGUAAAUGAAACGGCUUGGGUAGACUAUGUAGGGUUUAAUGAUUUAUCAGGUCUACACCAGAUGGUGAUCAAUGGAAUCUUUGUCUGUCUCGCUCUAACUCAAUGUGUAACAUGUUGCCUUUAACCAAGCUGUUUAGAAGGGAAAAAUGUGCCAAUGUUGCUGCAUAAACUGCCAACACUCCCAACCACAGCCACUGGAGUUGACAAAGGGAUUGCUUGAUCCUCCAUGUUGCCUUAGAAAUGAAUGCACAAUAAGAAUGAAUGUUGGUUAUGAUUAAAGGCCAUUCCCUUGUCCUGAUUUCAGAGCAGGUGAAGGUGAUGAGUCAACAGUAAAACAUUGAUUAUGCCAUUGGCAGGAAUGUUCUUGCACUGUCAGAUUUUUGAAUGGCAUUUAAAUAAAAUAAAAAAGUUUUGUAAAAAGUA